AUGUCAGUCAACAACUUUCGCUACCCGGGUUUCCCGGUGGAGGGUAGUCCUAUCCCCUCGGCGACAUGCUGGCCCCUCAACCUUCUGGGUGGAUACGCCAAGUAUGGCUUCCAAGUCAAAGUCAGCCAGGAAACUGCAAUGUACGCGAGCUCGAAAGUAUCCUGGACGCUGGAUCUCACAAUUUUCGGCUUCCUGCAGGGUAUCGUCCUAAGCGGACCCCAGAAGCUCGUGCGACGUGAGACGCAUCCGGACGCCCAUGAGGCUCAAAGGGGUGGAGUGAUGGACAUCGUGAUCUGCAGGAGCCCGCGACCUGACAGGCGGGGAGGGGCGGAUAUGAAGCCGUUGGCACCACCAAAGACGCGGGCCAAGGUGUACAACAAAGUCGUCUUACCAAGCACUAGACCGACCUUUGACAACGUUCACGCGGCCAUUUCUAGGGGUCCUUUCUCAACUACAUCGCACCAGAAGUCAGCCACUGGACGCCGUCCCGAAUAA